AUGCUCUUUACGUCACGAACUCUGCUGCGAGCUUUCGACAACGCGGCCGACGGAAAGUCCUACCUCACCACAAAAGACGCUAAAGUCUUCUUUCUGGAGCUUUUCGGCCAGACGCCACCAAAACGAGUGAUCCAACAACUCUUCGCCAAUGGCGAUGCAGUCGCGGAUGGAAAACCAGUAGGAAUCACCUUCCCCAGGCUGAAGGAGUUUAUUGAGGAACUGGGGUUUGUGGCCUCCGCAAGCCCGGAGCUGCAAGUAGGCGAAGUGCACCGUCUCUUCGCGGCCUUAGACUCGGGAGGACAGAAUUUCUUGACACUCGCGGACGUCUGCUCAGCAUGUGGAGUUGAAAAAAACCAAGCCCUGAUAGGAGCUAUACGGAGGGCCUUUGGAGAAUUCGACGUGGACAGAGAUGGACGUGUUUCCUUCGGAGACUUUAUAACCGGCCUUAAACGAGGUGGACAGCUGCCUGCGUUAGCUGAGGAGGGAAAUGUGAGUUUUGGCUACGCUGCUAGUGACUCCCCCUUUCCGCCACUUUGA